CCCUGUUUCAUUUUGGUAAUGACACGUUAGCCUUUUUUCCUCUGUUUUCUUCUUGUGGCUGGAGAACAAGCACGACUGCAGCUCCGCCGAAAAAGGGGGAUGGCGACCAUUGAGCAUAGUAAAUUAGCAUUUAGGCCUAGACCCCACCAAACCCAGACGGGGACGUGGGUGUAUAUAUUGGUACGGGAACGCCACCAGCAAGCUAACGGAAUCAGCAGCAGCAAGUUGCAGAAACAGGGGUGCUUUUGGGUUCGGCCAGAAACAACAAAAAGGCGGCGACUUGGAGUGAGAAUGGUCGGCGCCGGCGAUGUUGCCAAGCCAAGAGGAGAAGCGGAAGGCGGAGAUGGAGACGGAGGAGAGAGAGACAGCGUGAGGGUGUGCGGGAUGCAAUUCGCGUACGAGGGGCAGCCCCCGCUCUUCCUCGACUUCAACCUCUCUGUGUCUCCUGGAUCUCGUUGCCUUCUCCUCGGCGCCAAUGGAUCGGGCAAGACCACUUUACUGAAAAUUCUCGCGGGUAAGCACAUGGUUGGAGGUCAGAAUGUAGUCCGUGUGCUGAAUCGCUCUGCUUUUCAUGAUACUAAAUUGGUCUGCAGCGGUGAUUUGGCCUACUUGGGAGGAUCCUGGAGUAAAACAGUUGGCUCUGCUGGAGAGAUUCCACUACAGGGAGACUUCUCUGCAGAACAUAUGAUAUUUGGAGUGGAAGGGGCUGAUCCGGUAAGGAGAGAAAAGUUGAUUGAGCUGCUUGAUAUCGAUCUGCAAUGGAGAAUGCACAAGGUUUCAGAUGGGCAGCGUCGGCGUGUCCAGAUUUGCAUGGGUCUUCUUCAUCCAUUUCAGGUUCUUCUACUUGAUGAGGUUACAGUUGAUCUGGAUGUUGUCACUCGGAUGGAUUUCCUUGAUUUCUUGAGGGAAGAGUGUGAUCAGAGAGGAGCUGCAAUAGUAUAUGCAACACACAUAUUUGACGGGCUGGAGACGUGGGCAACUCAUCUUGUUUACAUCCAAGAUGGUGAAUUGAGAAGGGCAGAGAGAUUGAUGGAGGUUGACGAUUUGAAGAGCUCGGCUAAUCUUCACUCGGUAGUCGAGGCUUGGUUGCGGGCAGAGACGAAGCGUGAGAAGAAGAAACCGGCGACUAAUCUUUCCCAGCCCCAGAAAACAUCUCUAUCUGGUGCUUCUCCUUUUCAGUCGUCGAGACACAUGGCUUAUUAUCGAUGAUUACAGUGGUUAAUAUGGAGCGGGAUAGAAGAAUGAUAUUGCAGUUAUCACAGGGAUAUAGUUGCAUAUGUGAUGAGAAUGACAUUGCAUGUUGCAGAAAACUAUAGUUGAACUUGCACCAUUUGGUGUAUGUUGUUGAUGUUUGUUUUCCCUUUUCUCCAUGCCUGAGAAAUUUCCCAGUGUUUUAAGGCAUUUUUAUUAUUAUUAUUAUUAUAGUUGCAUAAGUUCAUAGAGGUGUUGGUGGGGCUGACAAUUAGUUCUACAUGUAAUGAGUGUUGGGGCAAAAUUUUAAGUCAGAUUUGAGCUAAGAUGCUUUUAUUAAUCAUGUCAUAUUCUUGAA